UAUGUAAAAAAUAGCAAUUGUGAUUCUUAAUACUAAAAUCAAUCAAAAGGUCUUCGAUUUUUAUUACAACCCAAAUGUCUUCCUUAUUUGUGCAGAUGGUGGUGCUAACAGACUUUAUGAAUAUAAAAAAGAAAUUAUUCCUAAAUGCAUUAUAGGUGACCUUGACAGUCUCAAACCUGAAAUCCAAGACUAUUAUUAAUAAUAAAAUUGUUCUAUCGUUAAAAUUGAUGACUAAGACACAUCAGAUUUUGAAAAAGCAUUAUCUUAUAUAUAAUAAUAAGAAGGAUUUCAACGUAUCAUCAUCAUAGGUGGUUUAACAGAGAGAUUUGAUUAAACAAUUAAUUCCUUACACACUUUGGUUAAAUUUAAUUUUACUGGUGAACUAAUAAGUGAUUACUCUAUUGUUCGAUAUUUUAAUCAAGGAAUUCAUACUUUCUAAUUCUCUGAAAUUGAAUAAUCUAAAGGAAUUAGUUUAUUUCCAUAAGGAACUUAAGCCAGAAUCAAUACAAAAGGAUUAAAAUGGAAUGUGACAUAAAAUAAUCCCCUUAUACUAGGUAAAUUCUUAAGUACAUCCAAUGAGGCUAUUGAAAAGUAACUUGAAUUUGAUUCCCUUGAUAACUUUUUCUUUGUGACUUAAUUGAAAGAUGAAUACAUCUGAU